AUGCGCGGCGCCCUCGAGGCCGUUGACCGCGGAGCCUGCGAGAUGGACCUCGUCAGGGAGAGCCCGCUGGCCUCCGCCCUCUGCACGUACACCGGCGGGCUCCUGGGGCGAGACGACGGCCGAUGGAAGGCGUCACCGCGGCGGGAGAGGCCCUUUGGGGCGCGCGCGGCCAGCUGGGCCGACCUGUCCGAAGAUCCAGACUGCCCCGCCGCCCUGCAGGGCCUGCUGCUGCCCGGGCUCUGCCCCACGCAGGAGCUGCAGGCCCGACCCUCCGCGAAUCGGCCGCCGAGCCCCGAGGGCCCGGGGGCACCGAGGCCCGGCUGCGGCUGCGACAGCAAGGAGAGGUGGACCUCCACAGCGAGAGCUCCACCGACGUCUCGAGCUCGCACUUCCUCUCGCAGGUCGUCGGCCAGGAUCGGCCCCCGCACUCGGCGGGGCAGCUAG